CACAUGUACACAACCGUGAUAUGAAUACGUACACAACACAGUGUGCGUGCGUGGUCUUGAUUGUAUAUCACAAGGGCAUGUCUAUCUAGAAAUUAUUUGUUAUAAUCUGUUGCUUGCUAGAACUCGCGGCAGUUAAUCCUAAAUAUUAAAGAAAAUGAAAGUGGCUUGAUCGUUCCUGAUGUCGAUUCCAGUGGAAACAAGAUUACCACCGUUAAUCUUGUCAAAAAGGCAAAGAUCUCCAACAAUGCAUUCACAUGAUUAUGGAAGGGACUAUGUGCCAAUACAGCAGAGCAAUGCCCAUGGAUACCUGACUGUGCUCAGAAAACUGCGAGAUGGCGGCGCCAAUGGCUUCCUGUCCACCUGGCCAGCUCAUGUGACUUCACAAACUGUCCAUCCAAGACACAGAAGUUUCAACACAAAAGAUAUCAAGAAUCAUGGUUCUGAAAAAUGCUUUGGCAGAUGCAGUGAUGAGUUCAGUGGACAAGUGGGGAAGCCACGAUUUCUCAUGCAAUUGGAAGAUUAUUUGAAGAGAGAACUGCAGACUUUGGAUUUGCAACAGCCAAAAGUCCAGGAGAGAAGACUCCAGACUUAUCGGGAAGUGUUCGACUGUUUCAUUGAGGACUUCAAAACAUACAAGCCAUUGUUGACAGCCAUAAAAAAUGAAUAUGAAGCCACUCUGGCAUACAUGCGAGACCAAAUCCGCGAGCUUGAGCCCCUGAGGACUCAACUGGUGCUGGUAUCGGAGCAGUGUGAGAGGCGCAUCUUGGCUCUGAGGGAAGAGGAGAGGGCUGAGAUGAAGGCAAUGAAAGAGAACAAGAAGCGUCUGCACAGGAUCAUUGAGGACAUGAGAGAGAAACAGAGUGCUCUGGAGGCCCAGGUGUGUCGCCUACAAAAGGAUCUGGCUGCCCAGUAUCUGGCAUACAGAGACGAAUAUGAUGCUCGCAAACUGCUUAUAGCUAACAUCAGCAGUAUGAGUUAUGCUACAGAGGAGGAGGCAGAUGAUGACAUGCAGGCAGUGGCAGAGUCUGAAGAUCCAGUAAAGCUGAAAUUAGCACUAAAAGUGUGCAGAGAGGAUCUGACCAAAGCCCAGGUGGAGCUGAACCGCUUACGUGCUGAAUAUGGAGAUGUUGUCCCACGCAGGGACUGGGAAAGUCUGGAUCGGUGUCAUCAGGAGAAUGUUCAGAAGCUUGAGACCCUGCAAACAGACUUUGAUCAAAUGAAGACUGAAUAUAACACACUGCUGGAAGUGCAUAAACAGGUCUUAUUAGAAAGAGACAGUUUCCAAGCAGAACUUGAGGUUUUCCAAGGAUCAUCCACCCCAAGGCCUGACUGGGAAUGCUGUGCAGAUAUACUUGGGGGAAGCGAACGCUGGAAAGAACACUUUGAAUGCCAAUCUAGCCAGCAGCGACUCAUGGUUUUACUAGAGAAUCUUGCAGAAAAGGCCUCUAAAGAAUUCUUUCAAGGACGGGGCACUGGAAGCGAUGUACCUGUUUUCCUGCACUACGAGGGUCAGUUAAAGAACGUCCGACUGAAGAAAGCUGAUGUUGUGAGGAUCAUUAAAGAGGUCAUGAAAGAGAAAGAUGCUGCAGAUGAGGAGCUAGGAAUGUGCAGUGAUCUUCCAGAGUUUCUGCAUAAGUAUUUGGAAAGACAGCAUGGGGAUCAUGCUGGAGACUGGGCAUAUAGCUUGAUGGAGACCAUUCAUCGUCACCUAAAGGAUGAACUUAUCAGUCUCUUCAAUGACAUUCUCUCAGGAGAGGUGGAUGAGAGUCUGUACCAUGGACAGAUUCACCUGGUUACUCAUUUACUGAAGAUGCUGGUUCAAAGUGACACAGCUGAGAGUGGGAUACUCUCUGUUUCUGAAUUUAGAGAAGCCUUGAGGAAAGCAUUUCCCCUGAAGAAUGAAAACGACCUAGGCGAGCUGGUGAAUACUGCUCAAGCUGAACUUGACAACGCUGAAGGAAGCCUUGUUUAUCAGAAACUUUUCAUUGAGGAUUCAGAUGGGAAGAACAGGGGCUUUCUGAGCCUGUUGAAAAAGCAGGCCACUGCUGAGAGACACCACUACAUAAACCAACUAAAGACACAGCUGGAAGGAAAACGAGAGGUGGAUGUGGCAGAACUGAGGACAGGUUUCAAAGCGAUUGAUCCAUCAAUUGAUUCUAAAGCACUGGAUAAUCACGUGUGCUUUGCGUUUAUGGCGAAAAUAGAGAACCUGAACCAAGCACAGCCUAUUGACACCGAGAUUGCCCUGCAGCGCCUCUUAGCGGCUGAUGUGAACAGAGUUGGUCCUCCACCUUCACACUUAAAUUAAUUGUUAUGUUUUUAAUGCACAAAUAAUGGCGAAAGAUUAAAGGCUUAGUUAAAAAUGGUC